GAGGACCAAGCAGGCGAGCAGGCACCCACCUUUCCGGGGUCCCAUUCCCAGGCAAAGCAGGGGGCAAACAGGGGCCGGUAUAGGACACUGUCCGGGGCAAUUCAACCCUCGCUUUCAUGGGAGAGAGAGGGGAGAGAGGAGGCUGCUAGCAGGGCAGUGUCAGACCUGGAGGAGGAGGAGGAGGAGGGCACUGGAUACCAGACGAGGUGGAAGUAGGGAGCUGGAAAAGCAGAGGAGCUCAACUAAAGCGGCUUCCAGAAAACAGCAAGGCGUUGUUGACUUCGCAGAGAUCCGCUACCGACUGGCCCUGUACCUGGGCAGUGAAGAGGGCACCCCAAGGUACUAGGAAGGCAGCACCAUGGCAGGAGCCUCUGUGAAGGUGGCGGUGCGUGUCCGCCCCUUCAACUCCAGAGAGAUUGGAAAAGAAAGCAAAUGCAUCAUUCAGAUGUCUGGGAACACCACCACCAUCAUCAACCCCAAGCAGCCCAAAGAGAACAAGAGCUUCAACUUUGAUUACUCCUACUGGUCACAUACCUCGCCAGAGGACAUCAACUAUGCCUCUCAGAUGCGGGUGUACAAGGACAUUGGAGAGGAAAUGUUGUUGCACGCCUUCGAGGGCUACAAUGUCUGCAUCUUUGCUUAUGGCCAGACCGGUGCUGGCAAAUCCUACACCAUGAUGGGGAAACAAGACGUCAAAGAUCAACAAGGAAUCAUUCCCCUGCUAUGUGAAGAUCUGUUCACUAAGAUCAAUGACAGCAACAAUGACAACAGCAUGUCCUACUCUGUAGAGGUAAGCUACAUGGAAAUCUACUGUGAGCGUGUGCGGGACUUGCUGAAUCCUAAAAACAAAGGACACCUGCGCGUGCGAGAGCAUCCUCUGAUGGGACCCUAUGUGGAGGACUUGUCCAAGCUGGCUGUCACCUCCUACAAUGACAUUCAGGACCUGAUGGACUCUGGCAACAAGGCCAGGACCGUGGCUGCCACCAAUAUGAAUGAAACAAGCAGCCGCUCACACGCUGUCUUUAACAUCAUCUUCACCCAGAAACGCCACGAUGCUGAGACUGACAACACCUCUGAGAAGGUCAGCAAAAUAAGCCUGGUGGAUUUAGCAGGGAGUGAGAGAGCAGAUUCUACAGGAGCCAAAGGCACUAGACUUAAGGAAGGAGCAAAUAUCAACAAAUCUCUGACCACACUGGGGAAAGUAAUCUCUGCUUUGGCAGAAAUGGAUUCCGGGCCAAAUAAGAAUAAAAAGAAGAAGAAAGUGGAGAGCUUCAUUCCCUACAGAGAUUCAGUUUUGACAUGGCUGCUGAGAGAAAAUUUGGGGGGGAAUUCUCGCACCGCUAUGGUGGCUGCCCUGAGUCCAGCGGACAUCAACUACGACGAGACCCUCAGCACCCUCAGGUAUGCAGACCGCGCCAAACAGAUCCGCUGUAAUGCUGUCAUCAACGAGGAUCCCAACAACCGAUUGGUGCGCGAGCUGAAGGAGGAGGUGUCUCGUCUGAAGGACCUCCUGUACGCCCAGGGCCUGGGAGACAUCAUCGAGACAUAUCGGGGCUCUGGCGCUGAGAUAGCCGGUUUGAAAUACCUAUCCGAUUACAAGAACAAUAACAAUAAAGGCCAAGCUGUCAAUCAAAGGGAUGAUCUCUCCACAGUGACCAAUGCCAUGACGGGGAUGAGUCCCUCCCCGUCUCUCUCGGCCCUGUCCAGCCGUGCCGGAUCCAUCGCCAGCCUCCACGACCGCAUCAUGUUCAGCCCAGGAAGUGAGGAGGCCAUUGAGAGGCUGAAGGAAACGGAGAAAAUAAUUGCUGAGCUCAAUGAGACCUGGGAGGAGAAACUUCGCCGGACAGAAGCCAUUAGAAUGGAGAGAGAGGCCUUGCUGGCAGAAAUGGGUGUGGCAAUGCGAGAAGAUGGUGGAACUGUUGGUGUCUUCUCCCCCAAGAAGACUCCUCAUCUGGUGAACCUCAAUGAAGAUCCUCUGAUGUCGGAGUGUCUGCUGUACUACAUUAAAGAUGGAAUCACCAGGGUGGGACGUGUGGAUGCCAGCAGUCGUCAGGACAUCGUCCUCAGUGGCCACUUCAUAAAGGACGAGCACUGCACCUUUACCAGUGCUCCUGGUCCCAUAGGAGAAGCAGCUGUCAUCCUGGAGCCCUGUGAAGGAGCAGAGACUUAUGUCAAUGGAAAGCUUGUGACAGAGCCCACCCUCCUCAAAUCUGGAAACCGCAUCAUCCUGGGUAAGAGCCAUGUGUUCCGGUUCAACCACCCUGAGCAGGCCAGGGCUGAGAGGGAGAGGACGCCCUGCGCUGAGACGCCUGCUGAGCCUGUGGACUGGGCCUUUGCUCAGAGAGAGCUGCUGGAGAAACAGGGCAUUGACAUGAAGCAGGAAAUGGACCAGAGGCUGCAGGAGUUAGAGGACCAGUAUCGCAAAGAGAGGGAAGAGGCCAACAACCUUCUGGAGCAGCAAAGACUUGAUUAUGAGAGCAAACUGGAGGCGCUACAGAAGCAGGUGGACCGCUAUUACCCAGAGGCCCCUGAGGAAGAAGAGGAGCCAGAAGAGGAAGUGCAAUGGACUGAGAGGGAAACGGAGCUGGCAGUGUGGGGCUUCCGUAAGUGGCGGUGCUACCAGUUCACCUCCCUGCGUGACCUGCUGUGGGGCAACGCCAUCUUCCUCAAGGAGGCCAACGCCAUCAGUGUGGAACUGAAGAAAAAGGUCCAGUUCCAGUUUGUGCUGCUGACAGACACUCUCUACUCGCCCCUGCCUCCAGACCUGCUGCCUCCAGAGGCGGCCAAGGACAGAGAGAAGAGACACUUCCCACGCACCAUUGUGGCCGUGGAGGUGCAGGACCAGAAGAAUGGAGCCACACACUACUGGACAUUAGAGAAACUGAGGCAGAGGCUUGACCUCAUGAGAGAGAUGUAUGACCGCGCUGCUGAAGUGCCCAGCAGCGCCGCUGAAGACUGUGACAAUGUGAUGACCGGAGGUGACCCCUUUUAUGACCGCUUCCCCUGGUUCCGUCUGGUUGGCAGCAACCCUAUUUUCAACACAUGCAUGAGCGAGCGCAUGAGUGACCCUACCCCGUCCCCGACCGUCUCCAACUCUGAAAUUACUGAGCUGGCUGACUCGCGGCGGGAGGGUCGAGGGGAGGAGGAGGAUUUGGAGGAUUUGGAGGACCUGGAGGAUGAUAUCUUUUUGGACGACCCGUGCUCGGAGCUCGGGGCAGAGGAUGAUGAUGAUGAUGAUGAUGAUGAUGAGGGAGAGCUCUGCCGAGGCUCCAGCGAAGGCCAGGAUCCCUUUUACGACCGCUCACCAUUAUUCAGUGUAGUGGGAAGGGCUUUUGUUUAUCUGAGUAACCUGCUGUACCCAGUUCCCCUUGUCCAUCGUGUGGCCAUUGUCAGUGAGAAAGGAGAGGUGAAGGGUUUCCUCAGGGUGGCGGUGCAGGCCAUAUCAGCUGAUGAGGAGGCUCCUGACUACGGCUCAGGAGUCAGGCAGUCAGGCACUGCCAAAAUCUCGUUCGAGGAUCAGCAGUAUGAAAAGUUUCAGUCAGAGACCUGCUCUGUAGGACUGUCCCGUGCAGGAAUUUCCCAGGAAGAGCUUCGCAUUGUGGAAGGGGAGGGUCAGAACGCAGAGAUGGGGCCCUCAGCUGAUGAGGUCAACAACAACACAUCUGGUGCAGAGGAGAUGGAGAACCCACUAAAGGCCGGUCUAGACGGCUCUCUAGAUGGGACUCUGGAGCACCUCAGGAUUGGUAAUGUUUUUACCUUCAGAGUGACUGUCCUGCAGGCUUCCAGCAUCUCUGCAGAAUAUGCUGACAUCUUCUGCCAGUUCAACUUCAUCCACCGCCAUGAUGAGGCCUUCUCCACCGAGCCACUGAAAAACACAGGCCGUGGACCCCCUCUGGGCUUCUACCAUGUGCAAAAUAUUGCUGUAGAAGUCACCAAAUCCUUUGUCGAGUACAUCAAGACCCAGCCGAUUGUGUUUGAGGUGUUUGGGCACUACCAGAAACAGCCCUUUCCUCCGCUCUGUAAAGAUGUCAUCAGUCCACUACGUCCCUGCAGAAGACAGUUCCCAAGAGUGAUGCCGCUGUCUAAACCAGUUCCUGCCACCAAGCUGACAGCCUUGACCCGCCCCUCGGCAGGACCCUGCCACUGUAAAUAUGAUCUUAUGGUGUUCUUCGAGAUCUGUGAGCUGGAGGCCAAUGGAGACUACAUCCCAGCAGCAGUGGACCACAGAGGAGGCAUGCCGUGCCAUGGCACUUUCCUACUGCACCAAGGACUCCAGAGACGGGUCACUGUCACCAUUGUACACGAGUCUGGAGGUGACAUUGAAUGGAAGGAUGUCCGUGAGCUUGUUGUGGGACGGCUACGCAACACCCCAGAAGCUGAUGAGACCAUCAUUGACCCGAAUAUUCUCUCUCUUAACAUCCUGUCUGCUGGGUAUGUCAGGCCCAUGCAAGAUGACAGCAUUUCCUUGGGAGUUGACUCUAGGACCUUCUACCGCUUUGAGGCAGCCUGGGAUAGUUCCAUGCACAACUCCCUGCUGCUGAACCGAGUCACCCCAUAUGGGGAGAAGAUCUACAUGACGCUCUCAGCCUACAUGGAGAUGGAGAACUGUACCCAGCCCACAGUCAUAACCAAAGAUAUCUGCAUGGUGUUUUACUCCCGAGACACCAAACUCCCUGCCUCACGCUCUAUCCGCAACCUCUUUGGCACUGGAAGCCUGAGAGCAGCGGAGGGAAAUCGUGUCACCGGAGUCUAUGAGGUCAGCCUCUGCCACCUGGCAGAUGCAGGAAGCCCAGGUAUGCAGCGGAGACGCAGGCGGGUGCUGGACACCUCAGUGGCCUACGUCCGUGGGGAGGAGAACCUGGCUGGGUGGAGGCCCCGCAGCGACAGCCUCAUUCUGGACCACCAGUGGGAGCUGGAGAAACUCAGCCUUCUUCAAGAUGUGGAGAAAACCAGACAUUACCUCCUGCUGAGGGAGAAACUGGAGUCCACCCUGCUAAUGGGCCAGGAGUCCCUGCUGUCUUGUAUGACUGAGGACCUGAGUGAGUCCCCUCAGCCCUCUGAGGUCAACCAAGAGCUCAGCCCCAGCUCUGACAUCCCCACCGAGAGACAGAGGGAGUUAGCUGCCAAGUGUUUGCGGCUGCUCACUCACUCCUUCAACAGAGAAUACAGCCAUGUGUGUGUCAGCGCCAGUGAGAGCAAGCUCUCAGAGAUGUCUGUCACAAUGCUGAGGGACUCCACCUCAGCCUCUGCCCUCAACACACUGGCACCCUCCUCAACAUGUCCUUCCCUGGUGGAGGGUUGCUAUGGCAAUACUGAUCUCAGACCACCAAUGCCUCGAUCUCGUGCCGAAAGCCCCAACCCCGACUCCCAGCAUGACGGCGAGGCCAAGAAGUCCCCUAAUGGAGCCACCGAAGCCAAGCCUCGAGUUCGCAAGUUUGUUCCCGAUAUCCAGGAGAUCCGAGUCAGCCCCAUCGUGUCAAAAAAGGGCUACCUGCACUUUUUGGAACCUCACACCAAUGGCUGGGUGAAGCGCUAUGUGGUGGUGCGUCGGCCAUAUGUCUACAUUUACAACACAGAGAGAGACACUGUGGAGCGGGCCAUCCUCAACCUCUCCUCGGCCCAAGUAGAGUACAGUGAGGACCAGCAGGCCAUGCUGAAGACCCCCAACACAUUUGCUGUGUGUACAGAACAUCGGGGAAUAUUGCUUCAGGCCAACAGUGACAAAGAGAUGCAUGAUUGGCUGUAUGCAUUUAACCCUCUUCUUGCUGGAACUAUCAGGUCAAAGCUUUCUAGAAGAAGAGCUGGACAGAUGAGGAUGUGAAACAAGACUCUGAACAAAGACUGACGUGUACAUAGAUCCCUGCCCGUGUACCCUCCUUCCCCUGUGCUGAGCCCCCUCCCCACCACCACUUUCACCACCAACCAACCAUCCUUUCCUAGUGUUCUCAAGACUCAAAGCCCCCAUUUUGUGUCAGGCCUUUGCUGCAAUGUGAGUCUAUUAGUCUGAAAAGCCUCUUCUUCAAAAGUUGUCACUGUACUGUACUGGAAUUUAUUCAUAGCUGGGGGAAUGAAGAAAAUGGAGCAAGUAGCAUCAGUUUCUUAUCUCAGAUUACAUAUGUAUGGUAAUGUAGUUGUUGUCGGUGACACACUGAGCCUUACACAUUUAUUCCUUAAAAAAAAAAUGCAGUGACAGUAAUCAUUACCUAUAGCUGCCAUGUCAGUGAGGAUCACAUUACUACAUUUGCAUCUCAGCUGUCCGUAAAUAGACAAAAGUGAAGAUUCUUCUCUAUUAACCCUACAGCUAUAUACAAUGUUCAAGCUGGUUUGCAUACAAAGUAAAACUAGAAUAUGCAUAGUUGAAAUAAGAAAAAAAAAAAAAAGACAGUUGAGUGUAUCUCUGUCGAACAUUUCUCUUUUCCCUCUGGUUCAGCCAUGGAGCCGAAUACUUCUUCAUGGAUCCUGACACUCUAUAAUCUGCCUUUUAUCCCUACAAGUUCUCAGAAAUUUUUGCACACACAGCCUGACAAGAAAAAAGAAAUGGCACUUAUCACAGAAAAAAAGAAAAGAACGAAAAUACAUGUUCCUCUGUGUUUUGAUAAAUCCAUGUUGUUGUACUUGUAGGAGCGUUGAGGGUAUCUGCAGUCACAUAUUUAAUAAUCAGCUCUCAUCACAUUAAUCCUCCCAAAUUUAAUCUCAUUCUCUACCUUUUAUUUGUAUUAAAAUGUGAAAUAUUUAGAUAUUUAACAGCUUUAUUAUUUAUUUCUGCAUGUAUUUAUUUACAAAGACAUUUAUAUUUCUAAAGUAGUAGUACAGUGCAAUUUCUGCACACUGCACUUUUUAAUAUGAGUUCCUUAAAUGUUUUGAUAACAUAACCUUGUCCCCAUGCAGUUACUGCUAUUUAAACAAUUUAAUAACAUUAUGAUAUACAUUGGCCAGUUCUUUGCUGAAGAUUACUUGAAUGAUACUAUCCCUUAUAGAUUAGGAUAGCCAUACCUGACCUUCAAACCAACUGACAUACACUAUAUCUGACAAGGUAGAUAAAUUUUUCGGUAGAGAAUAUUGAUUAAGGUGGUGUGUGCGUCGUUAGUUGCACAAAGCUACCUUGAAGAAUGAACCGGAAUAGGUAAACUGUUCUUUGUAAGACAGAAUAAGAAACUGGUUUUCUGAAUGAUAUGUAUAUUGACUAAAUGUAGUGCCUCUCUUUUCAACCAUACUGUACAGUAUGUCUCUGCACCAGUUGCUUUGAAUCUACAUCCUUCAUGCUGCUAUAAUGUUGUUCUGCAAAUCAUAUCAUCAAAACUGCUGUCCUGUUUUCAUCCUCACCAUCCUCAUCAUCAUCUCUAAACAUAUGUAGACAAAUAUGCAAAGGUUUCAUUUAUGUUAAUGUUACAUUCCUAAUAUGGCAAUGAUUUGCCAUGUAGUGUAAAACUUUCAUAACGGAGCAUACUUCAUGUUUAUAAAGGCAGAAAAACAUUGAUAUUUCAUGGUUAUCAUGUCAGCCUCAGCUAUAUUUGUCAAACAAAUGAAUAUGCUUUUAGAGGAAAAUCAACACUAUUGGCAGCAUCAAAGCGCAAGUUGCAAAGUUCAUGUCGUAGCAGAGUUCUUUGGGUUUUUUUGUUUUUGGGGGACGGGAUUUCUUAAGCCCAUCUUUGAUUGAAAUUGCCACAGAGCAUUCAUGCAGACCAGCAUAUUUUUCUGACUCACGGAAGAGACUGUUUGAAGAGUUUGUAUUUUGGAGGGGGGUUCCUGCAUAUGCCUGAGGUCAGCCAGCCUACAGAGCAAGCAGCAACAAGAAUGAUGUUGCAGUGAAACACCACUGAGUCUUGAAAAUCGUCAUUUAACUCUGUUACUCAAAAAUUAACCAUUUCCUGUGUGCUGAACUGCACCGUGAAUCUAAAUGGUUGAUUGUCUGAAUUGUUUACAGCACUUCAAUAUGUUUAUAUCAUUGCUGUUGGUGUAAUCCACACCAUAUGCAACAGAAAGCAUAUCUCCUGAGAUCAGAAAAGUAUUCUGUGUGCACUGCUCCACUUUGUGAGCAUGUAAUGAAUCAACCCAAAUUUUAACAUCAUUUGGCAGCCCUUCAGCUAUUGUAAAACUGCCAAGAAAAAGCAAAAUUUGUGUUGACAUCUUUCUUUUUGUUGUGCACUAAUUAGAGUUUGGGUGGUCAGUAUUUUGAUCAAAGUUUAUCACUGAGAUUUUCUGACAGUUUAGUUUUAUGUUCACUUAAAUCAUCAUCACUGGUGGGAUACCCUGCUGCGCUGUACGUUACACUGUGUCGAACACUGUCUGAUUCCCUUCAAAACCCAAAUCCGCAAUAAUAAAAUACCACCAUAUAUGGGCCCAAGAUUGCUCCAAAUCACUUUUAUUUUCAAUUGAGUCAUGAGUGUAUAUUGUGAUUAUCCUCAUUCUUGUUUUUAUUCUAAUGGAUUGAGCCUGACUGUAAUCAUUUAAUGUGUCACAUUUGACUAAAUCAGCCAACCAAAGUCUUGUUGGUGCAACAUAGAAGUUUCACACUGAAUGUAAAGUAAUAUUUCAAAAUUAUUAUUCAGCUGGAGUGAUUGCGUCGCCCUAUCUGCUGGUGUCCCUGUCUGGUUCCCUAUUGAUUGUAGAUAGACUAUUAUCAGGGAACCAUAUGGUGGAGGUGGGACAUACCUGUAUUAAUCCAUCCAGUGAUGUGUCAGAGGAGGCUGCUUCAUUAUGGCCCAAUUAGGCAUUGCAUCUUGUAUACAGUGAUGCUGUAGAUUUUGUUACUGUCACACACACACACACACACUCACCCUUUUUUUCAACAUCUGGCCACAUCUACCUUCACCACGAUGGCCUGACAGCCUUCAGAAAACAGGCUUUUUUUUUUUUUUUUUUUUUUUUUAAAUAUCUUUCCCCUUUCAAUGAGUUUCAAUUUUGUGCUUCCACACCUAAUCAGAAUUUCUUCUUUUUUCCUCUCUCUUUCUCUUGCACCAUCAAAUCGCACUGGUACAUUUCUAUUUUUUCUUCAGAUUAUUUUGCAUUGUAUAUAAACUGAUUGCUGUGAACAGUGUAUUAUAAAGUUGUACCCAUUUACAAAAUCUUAAAUGGGCAGUAGUUCAGUCAGUGUCUCUAUUUGAGUGUUGGAGUUUAGCGUCAAAUGUUUGUGUACACUAAACACAUUGUCAUAUAUUAAAUAAACAUGGAAAUUAUGCAGCACAAA